GUAACAUAGUUCCUUACAGAGCAAUCGUAAGAGCAUCUUUAUCGGUGUCCUUAGCCUGAUUUCUAAGGAUUAUUGGGCCAAAAUUAAAUCAAAAAGGCUUAAAUUACUAAGAAACGAAAGUAAAUUGUCCUUAUUUAAGAAGUUUUGUCGAUGUUCCUUAGUGCCAGCUGGCUGAAUGCGAUUGGGUGUGGAAGUGGUGUAGGGCAAUGUCGUUUUGCCUUCUGAAAAUCAAUUGCAUGUUCUCUGGACUCUCUCUCUCUCGACACCGCCAUAGAUUGUGUGGUUUGCUGAGGAUUGUUUGGUUUGCUCCCGAUCUGUACCACGGAAGUUUCCUAGUCUCUCUCAUCUCUAUCUCUCUCCGACUCCGUCGGUUUCGAAUCCAAAUCAUAAUCCGUCAUCGUCAGCGAGUUCUUCUGUUAGGCUGCCAACACUACUGGUGAAGUUUUGGAGAGGUGGAAGGGAGAAGAGUGACAAGAAGACUAUCGAGAAACGAGCAAGCAGGAGACUCUUCGCGAUCUUUCUCGCCGAAUCCACGCGAAUUCCGUUGGAAACGAACUUCGAGUUCGCAUUCGUCACCUGAAAUCUGGUCUUUCGACGGCCGCUUCGCGAAUCUGUCGAAGGUGGAAGAGGAAGAUGAUUGUGGAAUCAUUUAUCAAUCGUCUGUGAGAAAUCGAAGGUGGAAGAGGAAGACGUUCAUAUGUGUCCUACCAAUAAUCAACAGAUUAAGAAAAGUCUUUCACUUUGUUCCUUAAACCAAAAAUAAUAUUAAAAAAUGCUAAGGACUCAAAACCGAUAAUGAUGCUCUAAGUGAAAGAAUCCUUCUUCUUCGUCGUCUUCUCCCCCGAUCAUCUCAAGUUUCUCCGGCGAGGUAUCUCCUUCCUGCAAAUUUGUUCCCACUUCGUUUCCUAGCUGAGACAAAAGCGAGAUAGAAAUAGAGAACGAAAAAGAUAGAUAAGAGAUAGAGAUGAGCACGAGUUGGCAUUUGGAUUCUUAACCUUCAGUUCUGAGCAACCUAUAUGCUAUUUUUAUUCACCCAGGAUCAAGAAGAAUGGAUAGAAGUGAAAUUAUCAAUCAGUUCUUGAAGUUACGUGAGUCUUUUGCAAAGAAAGAUUACAAACUCUGGGUGGAUCUCUGGCCCGCUUUCGAAAUGAACUUUAAAGACUUCGUGGGAAGGCAUGGGAGUACACCUCUCCCUGACCCUGACUAUGACUUUUUUGAGGGGUUUGAGCCCACUGAUACAGAAGAAUUAGUAGCAGAGUUUGCAAGCGCUUCAUUACUACUACCUCCUCCUGUUAACAAGGCCCCACCACCACCACCUGUUAAUGAUUCAGCAGCAGCACCAGAUGGUAUAUCUCAACGACUCUCUGAAGCGCAUAGACUAGCUGAAGAAGCAUUUGUCAUGGUCAACACAUUGUCCCUCGAUGGUUCCAUCAGGCUCAACAGAGACUCGGUUGCACAUCUAGAAGGCUGUCAAACCAAUAUCACAGCAGCAACAGAAGCUCUACAAUUGGCGACUAAUCUUCUUUCAGAAGCCCGAAGUAUCAAGCAAGAUGAGUCGUUAACUGAUCUUCUAAGUGAUUUGUGAUUUGUGAUUUGUCUCUAUCUGGUGUAAUAUUUGACUUCACUGGCUAUCGUAUAGUUGACACAUCUAGUGUAAUAUUGACCGAAAGAACGUUUUGAAUCCGGCUACUCUCUUAACAUUUUGCUUUGGGUUUGUACAUAU